CUGUAAUGUAUUGAAAUAUCGCAUCGCACAAGCACAGGGCUGUUAGUGCAAGACCCUCGACAGCUGUAAUAAUGUUGUUAUGCGGCAAAAGCUUAGUUAAUAAUUUCUUUAAAUAUAAGAGAAAAGUAUUUUCAAACUUUAUUGUGACUAGUCGGCGGUGUAAGGGGACCACGCAGCAACCCAAGAUAUUGUUCUUUGGCACUGACAAUUUUUCAUUGCCAAGUUUAAAGAAAUUGCACCUCAACAACUUUGACGUAAGCGUAGUAACAUCUUUUAAGAGUCCCGCAAACUGUGUGCGCAGUUACGCCGAACAGCAAAAGCUUUCCCUAUAUCGAUGGCCAAUAUCAGAGGAGCAAUGUGCCGCCUACGAACUGGGUGUGGUAGUGUCGUUUGGACACCUGAUCCCAUUACAUAUUAUAAAUGCACUAUCCCGCGGCAUUAUCAAUGUUCAUGCUAGCUUGUUACCCCGAUGGCGCGGUGCUGCGCCCAUAAUGUAUGCCAUAAUGCAAGGGGAUGCUAAGACUGGUAUUACCAUUAUGAAGAUAGCGCCACAUCAAUUCGAUAUUGGUCCCAUAUUAGCCCAACGGGAGAUGCCUAUUAGAAGUGAUAUAUAUAUGCCAGAACUGCAUGCUGCCUUGUCCCAAUUGGGUUCCGAGUUGCUUGUCGACACGAUGAAUAACUUGGAAGACAGACUUUUAAACGCAUAUCCUCAAAACGAUGCCGUUGCCACUUAUGCACCGAAGAUUACGUCACAAAUCACAGAGAUUCGAUGGUCACAGCAAACUUCUAUGGAGCUGUUUGCACGGUAUCGUGCACUUUAUGGAUUUAAAAAUCUAACUACCUCCUUUCUGGGCAAAACUGUACAGCUGUUGGAGCUCAAGCCCCCUGUGCCCGCCGAUGAAUUACGAUUGCCCGCGUCUACAAUUCAAGUUCCGGGCUCCUUCUAUUUUCAUCGUCUUCGGAAAUCGCUUCUAAUCGGUUGUGCACAAGGAACCCAGCUGGAGGUGCUACAGCUGCGGGUCGAAGGCAAGAAGCCAAUGAGCGCUCAUGAUUUCAACAAUGGAUUUCUUAAGCGGGCACAGACAUUGCAGUUUACACAAAAUAAACAAGUUAUUUGUUAACAAAUUAAACGCAGCGUUAUUUUAUUGAUGAUGUAA